GGUUUCUGUAUUUUAUCUCAUCUUUAAUUUGUAUUCCUGAAGCUUUGCAACCUGUUUUAGAAUUAGAUCUCAACAAAGGCUAUCCAGACCAGAGCGGUAUCAAGCUGCUUUGCGUAUAAGCAACAGUAAUGGAUUGACUGCCGAUAAAGAUUGAAGAUUCACUAUAGAGAGUUGACUCACAGUAAAUUCGUCUCCGGUGAGGAAGAGUGAAGCAGAAAGAGCACGUGCUUUAGGGCAAGUCAGAACAAAGCGAAGCCGACUAACACAAUAUCAACACCAAAGCACCUGUUAUACACUGCAUUCUAAAUUGUGUCUUCUCAUCCAUGGGACUUCAUUGCGAGGUCAAUUGGCCUAGGAUGGACUCUCUCCCUCCGGAGAUCUUCCACGAGAUCCUUCGAUACGUGAUAGAGACCCAGCCGACCGAUCAUGCUGUUAACACAAGGCUGGUGAACCGUACGUUAAUCUGGAUUCUUACCCCCAAUUUGAAAGGAAAUCUGAGGUUAAUUCAUGUCGCUGGCCCAGACUGCUGGGAACUGUCCAUCACAGCCCUCCUCAUCCGCAGCGCACGCCUAGAAACCGAAAUUGGCAUCGACCGUUCAAGAGCAAGAGACGGCCGCAACUCCAGAUGGUACCCAUUACCCGCAAGAAUGAAGAUGCUCUACAUGUGGCACAAGAUCAAUCAGCACUCUCGCGCACCUACAGUUUUCUCCGUCUGGGUCGAGACGAUGCUAGAGCUCCGAGGCAUCGACGACUCCGACCCCGAUUUCCAAGAAGACGUUAUCCAGCAACUGAUCGGCGGAGCUGCAGUCGGGAACCUGGUGCCGGCUGAAGUGUUUCGGGGCGCGCAAGGGCUUCCUGUGGAGGAAGACAUUCGGGUUCCUGAUUUGCUUCGGUUUGCGUGGGAGCCGCUUGAGAAGACGUACUGGGUUUUGAUUGCCGCAAACGCGAUGAGUAUGGGGGAUGCGGAGGCGCUGGAUUAUUUCCUCACCCAUGGCUAUGACAUGACAGAGCUGAGCAUGCGAUUUCGGGUUUGGAUUAUGAAGAGCCGUGGGAGACUGGUCAGCGAAGAGAUGGUUCGUGUUUUGGUGCAGCAUCGCGCGCCGUUCACCUUUGAGGGGUUGCAGUUCACGAUUGACAGGCAGUAUCUAUUCAGGGCCAUUGAAUCAGGGGAUCAGGCGCAGCUGAAUUUGCUUUUGGAUCAUUUGAAGAGGUGCUUUAGGCGUUCUAUGGGUCUGUUGGUCAACGCGGGCAUAACUCAUGCGAGGUCGAUCGGGAACAAUAACCUGGCGACGGCUCUUGAGGCUCGGCAGAUAGACGACGCCCUGGAAGAGUUUCCAAACAUGAGUAGCGUGCCGUGGAUUGACGCGAGGGCUCAGGCCAUUGCUCUUGAUUUGCUGUUCGAGACUUGAUGGAAGAAGACAAGCAUUGAUGGACCGCUGAAAUGUCCCUUUUGUAUUUUUGUAUGUUAUGCUUGAGCUAAAAAAUAAAGUUCCGCUAAAAGAGACCAUGACUGCUGAUCGGUGUCCCAAAUACGAGGCCGAUGGCACAAUUUGAAUCCUGUGGAUGUUGGCUCUCUCGACAAGACCGUUUCGCACGUCCAAUAUCGUUUAUCAUGGCCCUUGAAGGCCUUGUAGUUUCCGCAACUCAAUCCCUAGGAGUAGUAGAAUCAUUCACCUUCCAAACUCCUCGACCAGCCCGAUCACGACCCACGCAUCUUCCCAUGGUUCUCAAGCGAAGAUCGUUGCCCCUGAAGUGACAACGUCCCACGAGGCCGAACAGCCCCCAACUUGGCGCACCAGAAGGCCCGAGCAGCAGCUCAGCCAAGAACCUGGUUUCACCCAAUUGGCGUGACGAGCUUUUCCAAGAUGGAGAAACGAGGCUGUCACCUUUGCCCGAACCGCU